AUGGUUUCACCUUCUUCCAUUUCUUCCAUUUCUUCGUCUUCUUCGUCUACAUGGUAUUCAUCAUCUUCGGAAGAGGAUGCAAUUAUGCAUAACAUGAUUAUGAACGCGGCUCAGGUCUUCAUGGCGGGUGAUGAAGCAUCGCCCCAACGGCUAACUAGACGAGCAAAAUUAAACCGAGACCAAGAAGCCGCCCACGAUAAACAAGUAGCCGAUUAUUUUGCCGACGAACCCUUGUACACAGCCGAGAUUUUUCGACGUCGGUUCCGCAUGAGUCGUCCACUUUUUUUACGUAUCGCAUGCGACAUGGCCCAGUCUGAUCCGUUUUUUACACUGCGAAACGACGCUAGGGGGCAAAGGGGUUUCAGUAAUUUACAAAAAUGUACGUCGGCCAUUCGCCAACUGGCAUACGGUUACGCACCCGAUGCAUUAGACGAGUUUAUAAGGAUGUCUGAAAGAACCGCAAGUCUAUUGGCGGGAACAGGUCCAGACACAAGUUUUACGGUUUCGGGGGUGGAAUACAGGCGAGGUUACUACAUAGCCGAUGGAAUAUACCCAACGUACUAG